AUGAUCAAUGAGUCAUGAAAGAUUGCAGUCUAGAUCUGGAUUUAGCAAGAGAUUUUCAGAAAUGCCUUGUGUAAAAUGCAAAUCUGAUUUCAAUUUAUUCAACUGGAAAAUUAAAUGUGGAGAAUGUGGAGACAAGUAUUGUAACAAAUGUUUGAAAAGAAAAGAAGGGGUAUUAUACUGUGAAAAAUGCAUGAUACUCCUUAAACGUCCUCCAGAUAGAACAAGGUUGAUGGAACUGAAAUCAAAAGAUUUACAAGAUUAUCUGAAUAAAAGACAUAUAUCAACAUAUGGGGUAGUAGAAAAACAAGAGUUGGUAGAUUUAUUUUGUGACAAACAUAUACCUGAGAAACCUAAACGAGGAGUUGAGAAAUUGACUGCCAAUUUUGCUGGUUCUGUUCCAAAUUUGAGACCAUUGAAUGAACUAUGGGAAAAUUUGGAAUCGGCCAUUUCCAGCGACAACCGGCCAACAAGACAAUCUCGAUCGCCUCCAGAACAACCAAGGCCUCCUCCCUCAAGACCGUAUACUCCUCCGAAUCAAGAGUCUCCCGGAAUUCCUACAUAUUCUGCCCACCCCUCACCAACUGCCUCUAAUGUCCAGGAAUCUCAAAACUUAGAUGUCAAGGAGGAAACUGCCAAUGAUAGUCCAUCUCCACGUAAAUAUCCAAAACUUCAAGACUUUGGUAGUGUCGAAGAACUGCAUAAUCUUUCCUCGAAGGACUUGAAGAUAUUAUUGACGCUAAACAGGGUCGAUUUCAAAGGAUGUGUGGAAAAAUCUGAAUUACUGGAGCGUGCAGAAAGACUGUGGGAAGAUAGCUGUGAACAAAACAAAGAAACUCCAGAAAACAUGCCAGUACAGGAAUUGUGUAAGUUGUGUAUGGAUGCUCCACUAGAUUGCGUACUGCUAGAAUGUGGCCAUAUUGCGACGUGUACAGACUGUGGUAAAAAAUUGGCUGAAUGUCCAAUUUGUCGACAAUAUGUAGUUCGUGUAGUGAGAAUUUUCAAAGCGUAA